ACAAUCGAUCGAUACAUUAUAUCGCAAUAGCUCAAUACGAUCUCUUGCUUCUAUCGAAAUAAUUCAAAUUUUUUGUCGCUAUCUUCGUAGUGUCAGCAUGCGACCAGCGUGAUAAUACUCGUAUAAAAGGAAAUAUUGUAGAAUUAGAAAAAUGGAUAAAGCGACCGAAUUGAUGAAAUGGAUUUUCAUAUAUUUCUGUCUGUUUCAAUGCAUUUAUGCGCGUCGUAUUAUCGAGGAGCCAAAAAUACACUUCCUGAAUGCAGGUGAUACUGUGGAAAAUAAUAAUCCUGGAUUAAAAACAUAUUGUCAUGUUGCUUCUUCAAAGUACUUGACACAUAUAUGGAGAACUAUGACUAUGCAUCUGAAUAUUAAUUCAGAUUCCUAUGUUUUGUAUGAUGGCAAAACACCAGAAGAAAUUCAUCAAAAACACAAUGAAAAUCAGAAAUCAUGGAUCUUUAGUUUGUUUGAUACAAGAAAACAUAAACAAUUAAAAAUCAAUCCUUUUGAAAAUAUAUGCAUAGGUGUUUAUAUAGAUUCUUCUAAUGAAUCUGGAUAUAUAAUGAAUCUGACAGAAACACGUAUCAAUGUUUGGAGAUUGACAAUGAUGAUAAUAGGUAGUAUUAUUUUCUGGUAUGCACAUAUAUUAAGUCGGAAUUCACUCUUUUAUUAUGCUUGUGGCAUAAUAUUUGGGGUCACUUUAUCUAUCACAUUUUUAAUAUAUAUGGCAGGAAAAUUAAUACCACGGGGGAAAGUUAUGUAUAUAAUGUUUGCUGCCUCAAUGAGUCUUUAUCUUGCUCAAGUAUUGUGGGAAAACACACACUUAAUACUAGUACAAUACAGAGAAUGGGUGAUGUGGUACAUUCUUGUUACAUCUCUGAUUAGCUUUAUAAUUUGUUAUCGUUUUGGUCCAGUAACCAAUAACAGAACGAAACAAAUAAUACAAUGGUUUUUGCAGCUUGUGGGAUUGGCAAUGAUAUAUAAUAGCAGUUAUUUUUAUGAGGCAUCUUUUUCAUGUUGCAUUGUACUCGUACUUCUUUAUAACUUUCCAAAAGCAGCUCUCGAACGAGGAAAAAGAUAUUGGCAAACCGUGUUUCCGGAAAAGCGAAAAUUGUUAAGUGAGGGUCAAUAUCAUCAAGAAGGAAUACGACAAACUAAGAAAGCCUUAAAAGAAUUACAAGACUAUUGCUCUAGCCCAGAAUGCAAUCCUUGGAAGACGGUUUUAAGACUAAAAGAUCCUAUAAGGUUUGCAAAAUUUAUGGAAGGAGAACCACAUUUGUCUAAAUAUGAGAUUGAAGAGCAUGAAGAAGAAGUUUCAAAAAUUUUAGAGAGUGACGAAUACACAGAUGAUGAUGAUGACUCUUAUUAAAUACAAAUACUUAAAUAAGGAUUUAGAAACAUACAGAAAUUUAUCUGUUUGCUUUAUGAUAGUUUUUUUGUACAAUAAUAGAUAGAAAAUUUAUUUUUUUGUUUGUAUAGUUUAAUUCAAAAUAAUGCACUAAAUUUUUUGUUAAAAAAUUGCAAAAGAGGAAUUGAAGGUGAUAUAAAUUUCUUGUUCAUAUCUUUGCUCAGUUAUGUUUCUAUGGAUUUCUCCUGGAAACAUAUAUGUAUAUGUAUUUCUAUGAAAUAAUCUUUUGAGAUUUAUGUUUCUCAUAAAUAAUGUUUCUCUGAUUAUGUAUAAAGAGAAAGAGAGAAUGUGUGUAUGCGUGCAUAUAUAUGAAAAGAAUUAAAACAUUUUUAUAAUUAUAA